AUGCACCAGCCACUGAUGUUUCCACCGUCAACGAAGCCCUCAACCGAUCACUCACUAUCAUGCGCUCGCUCCAUCUCACAAGCAUCAUAUGUGUUUUCGAUCAGGCCAUCUAUGCCAAGGCCGUUUGAGGUGAAGUGCAAGGAGUAUGAGAAGUUCAAGCCCAUAGUUCUAAGUCUUGGAACUUUUCAUACCCUUGGUACAUUGAUCUCUAUCAUCGGUAAAAGGUUUCUGCAUGCUGGUCUAAAGGACUUAUUCAUUGAAGCUGGGGUAGUGGCUGAGGGAUCCGUGUCUGCAGUUCUGGAGGGCCUAAACUAUAACAGGGGUGUUCGUGUGCACAAACUGGCUUACGAAGCAUUCAUGAGGGUGGCAUUGAAAGGAUUUUAUCCUUGGCUUGACGAUUCACACCCAGCGGACAGUCGUCAAGUAAAAACAUGUCUUGAUGAAAUUGGUACACUAGCUGGUGAACUGUCUAAAGAAAGAGACGAUGAGGUUUUCAAGAGCCGAGUUUUCCAGAGAUUUUCUGACCUUUUUGCUGAAUACACUCUUCAUCUUCGGAAUACCAAUGGCCCCCUUUCAGAAUUCUAGAUGUCCUAUAUAGACAUGAUCGAGCUACUACUUCACAUGAUCCGUGCUUCUAGAGAAGGAAAUUGGGAACUCCAUCUCUCCUGAGUCCGCCAGAUGCUCACAUGGUGCUUUUGCUACGAUGCUAUCAACUACGCAAGAUACAUGUCAGCUUAUUAUAGCGAUAUGACAAGUCUACCAGAUGAGCACCCUGAGGUACACGAGUUCAUGAGAAAUGGUGGAUUUUCAGUUCAGUUGAGCAACGACAAUACAUUUGGAAGAAUUCCCUUUGACCAGACUCUUGAAGAAACCGUAAAUAGAGAUACCCAAACACCUGGGGGUACUAAGGGCUUUAGUUUAAAACCUGGAGCCGUACAAAGGCACUACUUGACGACAGAAUUCAGAACUUUGUUCUUGCGCAGUUUGCGCGAAAUGGUUGGCUAUGCCAAAGGGAAGCACGGCCAUGCUGACUUUCACUCGUCUCGCAUUGCCCAAGAUGAGAAAGAUGUUGCCGCAAUGGUUUAUUUAAUCAAGAACUGGACAGAUCCAUUUGCAGGUCAUAUGCAACUGUCCAGCAUCUCAACAGGAGCUGUUGCCACUACUGCUAAGGCAGAGGACCUUGCGACCGCCUAUAAAGUUGGAGAGGCAGUUUACGCUGAUUUCAAGAAGACCCGUCUCGAAUCACAGCCCCCAACGGUAAGGUUCAAUGACAAAUUGAAGAAGCAAAAGCUGAAAACCUUCAGUGCUUUAUCUAUCUUUUAUCUAAACUGUUCUGCGCGCUGA